AUGAGAUGGCCGUCUACGUGGUCGGAUAAUUUUCCAAUAUGUGGUAAUAAACGUCAAUCACCAAUUAAUAUAGCCAGUUCAGAAGCCAGCGUACAAUUAAGCCUAGAAGACAUCACAAUGACUGGAUACGAUAAACCAAUCGCCAUGAGCAUAAGAAAUAAUGGCCAUACUGCCCAGGUAGAUAUAACAAGUGGUGAUGCAUUUAUUGAGAAUGGAGGACUUCCAGGAAAAUAUAAACUGCUUCAGUUACACUUUCAUUGGGGUUCUAAUAAUGAUAAAGGUUCGGAACACACAAUUAAUGGAGAACAGUUUCCUAUGGAAAUGCAUUUGGUCCAUUAUUUAACUUCAGCGGGAGAUGUAGGACAGUCGGUAACACUAUCUGAAGGUCUGGCUGUUAUUGGAUUUAUGUUUGAGAUUUCUGAUGACGAUAAUGAAAAGUAUACUAACAUCAUCUCUAAACUAACGACGAUAACGGAAUAUAGUAGCGGAAGUAGCGUCAGUGUACAAUUGCCGGAGUUUGCUGUGGGGGACUUGCUUCCUAACAAUCCACGUCAUUUUUACCGAUACUUUGGAAGUUUGACAACACCAGGCUGUGACGAGAUCGUUGUUUGGUCAGUCUUCAAGGAAAAGAUCAAAAUCUCAAAACGCCAGCUGGGCGAAUUCCGUAAAUUAAUGUCUUCUGAAGGCGGUAAUCUCCAGAAUAAUUUCCGACCUGUUCAACCAUUACACGAUAGAGUUGUUCGAGCUAAUUUUAACGUGGCGGAUACAGACGACUCGGCAUCAGAAGAAAAGUAAAAUGGCGGAAUGGAAAAGGGUGUUGAAGAAGACGAAUCUUGGAGUAUCGUGUUAUGGAUGUAUACAC